AUGGAAUAUUUAACCGUACUCAGAAACUAUGCGACAGCUGCUCCUGAGAGCCUCUCUUCUUCGCUGCUGUACAAGCAUUCGCCCAAGAAUAUCAUCAUAUUCGACGCGUUUCCGAAAUCAGUUUUUCAUUUCCUCAUUCUGCCACGCGUGCAAGAGCCCAAACUAAACACGGCUACGCUCCAUAGUCUACGCACGCUACUGGGUGCAGGGGACCGCGAACAGGCAAAGGAAGUCGUCACUGCAAUGGCAGAAGAGGCAAAGGCACUGAAGGAGGAAAUACAGGAGGAAAUGAUGCAGCGGUUUGGGUUCAAAUGGGACGUGUGGACUGGGUUCCACGGUGCGCCGUCGAUGCAUCAUAUGCAUCUGCACGUCAUCUCGGCGGAUCUGAUAUCUGAGAAGAUGAAGCACAAGAAGCACUACAACUCGUUCCACCCCAAACUGGGUUUCUUUUUGCACAUCGACGACGUGCUUUCUUGGUUCGACGCGGUGCCCAGCUUCUAUUCUAACCUAAUCAAAGACUUCAAACCAAGCAAGUAUGAACCCAUUCUGAAAGAAAGUUUGCGCUGUUUUCACUGCAACGAGGAAAUGAAAAAUAUGCCAACUCUCAAGGCACAUUUACAAGAAGAGUGGAACAAGCUUGAACGCAGAGGAAAAGAAAUAGCGAAAAGGAAACGAAAACACGAGCAAACACGAGCAUCCUCGGCAUCUAAAAAGGAUGUAGAUGAAAAACGCUCAGACCAGGAAGAGUCAAGCUCAAAGAAACUGAAACCGUCACCGAGCCCACCAAGUGACGCGCCCAGUCCAGAAAAGUGA